AUGGCCUACCCACCAGGCGGCACAUUCUUCGACCUCCCCGGCAAGCGAUCCUACGUCGACGUGCCCGUUGACGAGAGCAAAGACAACGCCAUCCAAACGACAGAGUUCCUCGACGCCUCCGAAGCACUACUCGGCCUCUUUGACCACCUCGGCAGCGUAGCCUUCACGCCCGUCAAGAACGAUAUCAACGGCAACAUCACCAAAAUCCGCACCCGCCAACUCGCAUCCCCCCUCGACUCCUCCACCCUCCAAUCCCUCGUCUCCACCGAACUCGCCACCAAAAAACACACCGCCACCGAAGCCCUCCUCUGGCUAACCCGCGGCCUCGACUUCACCGCCCAAGCCCUGCGCCACAACAUGGACAACCCCUCCGAAGAGCUGUCCACUUCCUUCCGCAGUGCGUACGGCAACACGCUGAAGCAGCACCACAGCUUCGUGAUCAAGCCGAUCUUCAGCGCGGCGAUGAGCGCGACGCCGUAUCGGAAGGAUUUCUAUGCGAAGUUGGGGGAUGAUCAGGAGAGGGUGGGGAAGGAGCUGGAGAUGUGGUUGAAGGCGUUGGAGAGGAGGGUUGGUAUCUUAAAGGAGUUUAUGGGGAGGAAGGAGAAUGCGUGGAAGUGA